CGCAGUCUGGGCCUUCCCAGCAGUCUCUAGAGCAAGAUGGCGCCGUGGGAAUCUGAACCUCAGACUGUUUGAGGGAAGGCCAAGUGACUAUCCGCUGCCGUGUUCCAGGUAACCGGGCGAGCCUGGGCGGGGAAUGCAGACGUGCUCUUGCUCCCCCCGCACCCCGAACUGGCCCGAGCUUGCCCGAGCUUUCAGCCUUCUCAGCAUCUUUUGAAGCUCCGCGAGAAAGCAGAGGCUGAGCCCCGGCGGGUGCGAUGGCCGCUGUGGUGGCCAAGCGGGAAGGGCCGCCGUUCAUCAGUGAGGCAGCUGUGCGAGGCAACGCCGCGGUCCUGGAUUACUGCCGGACCUCAGUGUCAGCGCUGUCGGGGGCCACGGCCGGCAUCCUCGGCCUCACCGGCCUCUACGGCUUCAUCUUCUACCUGCUUGCCUCCAUCCUGCUCUCCCUGCUCUUAAUUCUCAAGGCGGGAAGGAGGUGGAACAAAUAUUUUAAGUCACGAAGACCUCUCUUUACAGGAGGUCUCAUCGGAGGCCUCUUCACCUACGUCCUGUUCUGGACAUUCCUCUAUGGCAUGGUGCACGUCUACUGAAAUGGGGGCAGGGAUGACUUUUUUAAAAAACCAGAUUGGGAAGACUGUUGCCAGAAAUUAACAGCGUGUAGACUUACUUAGUUUUUGAAUUGUUGAAUUCGCUGCUUGUUCUGUAACGUUAUAAAUAACUUAUAUCAGAAGACGAAGAGCUUGUAAUAUUCUUCAGAUUAAAUGAAGCGUGAGACACUUGA